ACCAGCUCUCUGUACGCUGCGGACCCCAAUGCAGCCGGCACCUUUCUCUGGCUGUCGAACGUCUCCCCGACCAUCUUUGGACAAGAUGCCACUCGCUUCGACUACUACCUUUACUCGCCGUCCGCCUCCGCUGCCGACGCAGUCGACCAGUACGCCAAAACUAUGGCAGUCGGCACCGAGGACGACAUUGUCACCGCGUUCUUGAAUGCCACCAUGGCCGGCACGCUGAGCAACGAGCAGGCGGCCGACGCUGCCUGGAAGUGCCUGGAGCUUGGUGAGCUGAUGGCGUCCAACGUGGCAAGCUGCCAGGCUCACGGGCACCACACUGUCGAGCGCAGGGCCGACAUGGCCGAGCUGGAUCUUUCCAAGCGGAGCCGCUGGAAUUGGCUUCAAAGCGGGUCUCAUGUCGCAAGUAACUUUGCAAUGAACGCUCUUGCUGGAGUGCUGGGAAAUGCAAUU